CACAUCUUCUGACGUGUACAUUUAUCAUAAUGGGCAACACUAACUCCAAAAGAAAUCCGCCCCCUCCACCAAAUAACACAGAAAAGGGUACCAAUGUGAGUGCAGGCCAGAGAGACUUCAAGCAAAAUCAUGAAUUGUGUGGCCUGUCUCUUGACAUAGAAGGGAUCUCUACAAAAGUUUCAGAAAUUCACAGCAGUGAUGAGGAUUCUGAGGAUGUGUUUUACAAGUUUGUGAUUCUGCAUGCUCAAAAUGAUGCAGAUGAAGCCAGCCGACUCCAGCAUCUGCUACAAAAUAAUUUUUGUAUUAAACCUGGAAUAAUCUUUGCUGAAAUGCCUAGUGGUAGACAUUUCUUACAAAACUUAAAUGAUGCUGUGAAUAGGUCAGCAUGGACUAUUAUUCUGUUGACAGAACAUUUCUUGAGUGAGGCUUGGUGUGAGUUCCAGUCUUAUGCCUCCCUGAUGAACGCUCUUAACAAACAGCAUAAAUAUAACUCUGUCAUACCACUGAGGCCACUGAAUAAUCCACUUCCAAGGGAGAAGACUCCUUGUGUCCUGCAAGCCAUUAAUGCACUGGAAGAAGAUAGUCCUGGCUUUGCUAAACAAGUGGAGAAGAUUUUCCAGGAGUCGAAAUAUAGGCAACAGCAAGCAAUGUGGAAGAAAGAAAGAACAAAUGAGACGCACUAGAGCUAAAGACAUGCAUAAAGACAGUUAAAUUGUUAAUUAAAUUGAAGGAGGUAAAUCAGUUGUCUUACUCAUCUCAAGUAAGAGAGAGAAACCUUCUUUUGAGAAACUAACCUACAGAAAAGAUGGUGGCAAGAGUUUCCCAUAAAGGCAUUAUUGUUAUUACUUAACACCUGUAUGUUUUCAGCAGUAUUAUCAAGAUGUGGCCAAUCAUCACCUUGACCCCUUUAUUUAUGAUAUGCCACUUUCCCCUACUUGUUUGUUUGUCUGGCUUCUCUUUAUAUUGUACGCUAUAUAGGGCAGAUACUGUGUCUUCUUUUAAGUUUGUACAGCUCCUCACAUGUUGUAGUUGCUACUGGAAACAAAUAAUAAAUGGGGUAGUACUAACAGUGGCUGCUACUGAGAGCCAACAGAAGCAACACAGGAUAACAUCCUGUAAGGAAGGCUAUUCUAUUAAUAACAAUCUUUAUAUUGGAAAUAUAAAUAUGUUAGAAAUACUUACCAGUGUUACGAAACCAGGAAAAUACAUUCAGCACCCUACAAAAUAUAUGCUGCUAUUUUAAGAAGAAUCUCAAAAUAUGUGUGCUCUAUUUUUGUCAUGUUUGCAAUUGUUAAAAUGCAUAUAUUUUCUAAUGAUGCAUCUUGACCAAAUGGGUAGGUGCAUUUUAAAAAUUAAAAUAAACAAACACUCUCAAUUU